AUGACUGAAAACAAUGAAACAACUCCUGUAAAAAAGGUUGUCCCAACAAUUAUUGAUGAUGACAAAAAUACCAAGCUGCACUACUCAGCUGCUGUUGGGAAAGAAGAAUUGUUGAAAGAUUUAGAAAGUGAACAAAAAAUUGAUACUGAAAAUUAUCUUGGUUGGACUCCUUUGAUGAUGGCUUGUAGAAAUGGACAUUUAAAUGCUGUAGAGUUGUUAUUGAACCACCGUGCUGAUGCCACAAAGAAGAAUAAAUAUGGUAUGUCUGUGUUCCUAGUGAGCAUAAGUAGUGGAAAAUUAGAAAUAGUACAUUUGAUUUUGCAACACCUUCUCUGUGGAGGCGUUUCAAGACAGAGUAUGCAAAAAUGGUUUUCGCCCCUGUCUAUGGCAAUUUUAUUCAACGAUCAACAUAUUCUAAGGUAUUUGAUUGAACAAAGUUUUGACUUGAAUGCUACUACACGACUGACAGGUAUCUCACCAUUAAUGUUUGCAGCUGCUAUGGAAAAUUGUGAGGCGUUCACUCUACUUAUCUCCAAAGGGGCAAAUGCCACAUUAAAAAACUGUUUUGGUUUUACUGCAAAUGGAAUUACAGAAUUCAGAAACCAGAAGCUGGAAGGGAAAUAUAACGAAACAAAUUUUCUCAACCCUGCAAAUUUGAUAACAAAUGGUCCGCAUAUGCAACCUCAAAUGCCUGUACCCCCUUACAUUGUCAUCAGCAGUCCUCAACCAACAUUUUAUCAACUAUCUCCUAACCAGUUAGUUCCUUCACAUAUGAGAAAAUCCUCCAAUACUAUAUCACCCGGCUUUUAUUUUACGACUCCAAAUGUGACACCCAUUACUCCAUUAAGCUUUGUACCCCCGCCUCAAGUAUUCUUCCCACCUGAAUUUUCGCCCAACCAAAUGUACAGUACAACUUCAGUACCAAACUAUUAUAAUGACACUGAUUUUCUCAAUGUUAGGGUGAAUUCAAGUAAUGUCUAUUUAUCUCCCAUUCCUCAAACCAUGAAUUACCCCUCACCUUGUGUAUAAGUUAGUUUUUUAAAUGUUUAAUUUUACAU